AUGGCAGAUGAUAUAUUAAAAUGUGUUCACUCUGAAUUUAAAUAUGUUUUAAUAAGUAGUGAUAUAAACGACGAAAUAAAAGAAUUAAAAUUCAAAGGAGCAGAAGAAAAAUUUCAAAGUACCUUAAGCUCAUAUUUUAGAAGAAUAAUUUUUGAUGACAAAGGAAAAGAUGAAUUAAAAGAAACUAUCCAAGAAAAAUUAAAAGAAAAUACUAAUAAUAAAAAAAAUGAAAACGAAGAAAAUGACGAAAGCAAAAACUCUUUAAAUGCAAUAUCCCCUGAUUUAAUAAAUACCGCAAUAGAGUCAUCUCAGACUUAUCAAAUCAUUCCAUUGACGGUACCAACUGAACAAAAUAAUUACUAUGCAAUUAAUUGCUAUAUAGAUGAUAUAGGACGAAUUAAAAAAUUGCCAUAUAAUAGUCGAGCUUCACGAAUAUGCAGUACAGACAUAUAUGGAGAUGCAUUUUUGUCAAAAACAUAUGAUAAUGAAGAUUUUAAAAGAUGUGAUUUUACAAUACAAGAGUAUGAAGAAUUUUUAAAAAAUCCUCCAAAGGCUGAAAACAGAUGGAACCAAGCCCAAGCUAUGCAAGACUUGUUAAGACAAAUGAAAGAUCAAAAAGAAGGAGUUGCAAAUACCAAUCCACCCGUUCCAAAACCUCCUACAUGUGAACAUUGCUAUAAGGAGGAAAAAUCAUUAAAAAGGUGCGGAAAAUGCAGAAAAGUUUAUUACUGCUCAGUUGAUUGCCAAAGAAAAGAUUAUGUUUUUCAUAAAAGAAUUUGUUCUUAG